CGCCAUGGCAUGACGCUUCCCCAGCGGUGCUAAGUUAGCAACCGUUAGCUGUCCCGAGUGCUGGAGCGCGGGGAAAUAGGGCUCGUGCACGCGCUGUAUAUUGCACGGGGCAUGUGCCUGUGCCUGCCCCAAUGACGGGAAACGUUGCUUGAUAAACAAGUCGCGAUAGACUUUUACAAAAUAACUAAAAAAAAGUACUGAUGCUGAUCUCGUGAGCAAGUUCCCAUUUGAAAAUAAAAAAAAUAAAGAACGAAAACGUCCGGGGACAGGAGAACCCUUGCACCAAAAGGCAUGUUGCAUCCCGCCUCAAAGCCCGUUGGCGCUGGCGCAACCUGAGAAAGCCAUCGCCGGAAGACUUCGGCUGUUUUUCUUUUCUUUCUAGAAGAAGCACCGGCCGUGUUCGGAACCACGUGGUAAAUUACAUGCACACUUGGUGCAAAAAGUUUCAAGUAAUAAAUGGCAAGGGUUGCCUGCUAUGUGGCUUGUACUUGGUGGUGUGGUGUGGUGCAGCAUCCCGUGGGCGCUCAAGGCAGCCCGAAAAAUAAUAAAGAGAAAAAAAGAAAAAAAGAAAACUAAACGAGCCCAUUAAUUCUCUAUUUUCUUCUUCCCCAACAUUUUUGUUCCCCUUGCCAGCAAAUCAGCGGUCAACCUUAUGCAAUCGUCAGUUUCCCCAAGCCCUGCAAUCAAUUGCUUCAUGCGCAAGGUAAAGGUUAUGGCGUGUAAGCCUGCUGAGUGGGCGCAGUAACCUGCCCGCCUAGCGCAUGGUUCAGUGGCAACGUUUGGUCUCUGUUAGCGCAUGGUUCACGCCUGUUACAAGCAUCAGCAUUAGCAUUAGUAAAAGUAGUGCCGUUUUUAAUGCUGGCUCCCAAUGAGGAAAUGGCAAGCAAACAACAGCAGCCAAUGGCGAUCAAGACGAAGAAAGCAUACCGAAUGUUGUAUCCUGUGAUCUUGAAAACUAUUCAGAAUUAAUUAUAAUAUUUCCUCCCGAUAUACUCAACAUGGUAAAGAUGUAGAACGGUAGAGCUUGGAUACCAUCACGUGAUGAUACUGCAAACUCCCCAUCAACGAAUCGCCAAAUGGCACUUUGAUAGAACUCGUAGCUGUAGCGAAACAAGAGGCGCUGCAUCUCACGAUGUCGUAUAGAGACGAGGAGAAAGCUCCAGCAGCUGACUCUUGCGCGCAGGUCGGCACCUAUGACCAUCUGGUCCAAGGCAGCGCCGGCGCGCAGUACUGGGAAAAGGUCGAUGCCGAUGUCAACGGCAUGCUCGGCGGCUUCAGCUCAGUAUCUGCCAUCGAUCUGCAAGGCUCAAGGACGUUCCUCGCUCGGUUCGGUAUUGGCACCAAGGGAGGCCGUAAGUCGGUCACCAGCGUAGUCGAUGCCGGCGCAGGUAUUGGACGAGUCACAAAGAAUCUGCUACUGCCCAUCGCUGAAAAUGUCGACGUGAUAGAGCCCGUCGCCAAAUUCACCGAUAGGCUCAAGGGAAUUGAGGGUGUGCGCACAGUCUACAACGUUGGGUUGGAGGACUGGAAGCCUGAGAGCGUAGUGUACGAUUUCAUCUGGACUCAGUGGUGUCUGAAUUAUCUGAAUGACGGACAGCUGAUCCGGUAUCUUGAGGUCUGUAAGACGGCUAUCAAACCGGAUGGGGGUAUCAUCUUCGUCAAGGAGAACCGCAGCACAAGGGACGACGACAUGUUUGACGAGGAGGAUAGCAGUGUGACAAGGACGGACGAAAGGUUCCGACAGCUUUUUGCGCAGGCUGGCUUGACAGUAGUGAGGGCGGAGAAUCAGCGAGGCAUGCAGGAAAAGGGACUGCUUCCUGUCCAAAUGUACGCAUUAAAGCCGUGACAUUGAACGAUGAAUGAAUGAAAAGAAUCCAAAAGACAACCAAAAUGACACGUGUCUGAGUUGUAACACUUCGAAAGUAUAAGUAAAUGUAUUAAUGUUUGUACAGGUACACCGUGUAUCUCGUCGUCAUUGUCGUAGUCAAAGUGCCGUCAUCAUGCCGCUGCGGAAACUCUCGCUUGUUCUAGAGCUUGCCUGGUUCGAAUCUCUAUCUGCGCCCAUCGCUGGCGAAGCAACUCCCGCUGCGGCUCUAGACCUGUCGUCAAUGCUUGCACCGACUGCUGAGCACGGUUGACAUGAUCUGCAUACUCUUCUAGCACCUCAAUGAGCAACUUACUGGCCUUUUGAAGCGUACCCUCACUGUCUUCUUCCCCAUUCACAUACUUGUUCCACUGCGGACGCUUCGCUACGAGAACACGCAGUGCAAUCCAUACGUUGGCGCUUCGCUUCGUUCCCGUCGUCUGCAGCAUGUAUUCUCCUAGAUACCCAUUGGCCUUGAGACCGAGUCUUUGUGUCUCGUUUAGUCGCGGAAGAAUAACGUCAUCCAGGCACAGCUUAUCCCAUUCAUUGUCGUCUAAUACAAAGCCAUACUCUGCCAUCAGAGAGUCGUUGGAGAGAUCCCCAUACGAAGUGCAAACCUCCGUGCCUGCCUUGUACUUUUUGUCCGUCGUGACUGUAUAGCAUUCAGGCGAGAACAUGACCGUACAUCCGGACGAUGUGUGGUUGAAAAGAUCGGCAGCCGGCAGUAGAGCGACUCGGUCGUGCCAUGGGAGCAUCAGAAGAUCAGGCGUCUCGUAGUAAAAUGCUCGCGUAUUGACAAGCGUCCACCCCACCAUAUAAUCUUCAUACCGACUGUCGGGAUACGCGGCAUGAAAUCUGGCCCAAUCCGUGCCGAACCGGGACUUUUGGUCCAAUGUGAUAUCGCGUGCUUCUCGCGGCAGAAGCUGCUGGAGCUCAUCGGGCCACAGAAGGGGGACGACCUCCUCGAAUUCGGCAUAAGACGGCACCGUCUUGACCCAGCCUAUAGAUUCUGGGCCGAAAAAGGUGAGCUGGGCUGCUACAAGCCCAUGCGUACUCAUAUCAGGUCCUAGCUUGGCCUUGAUAUCUGCUGGAACUGAAUGCAGGCUGUGGAUGAUGGAUAUCGGGAUCUUCAUGAUAG